AUGGAAAAUCUUAAAUGUCAAAUAUGUCCAGCUUUUUACACUCGGACUAUUGCUUCUAUGCAGAGUCAUCUUAUAAGAGUUCAUAGUACUGACCAACGUUUUAAUGUAAAAUGUGAUGUACCUGGAUGCCAACGCACGUUUGGAAAUGCACGGUCGUAUCAAACACAUCUUCGACAAAACCAUCAAGAAUUUGACAUGCAUGCAGAUGUACGUGUUUGGGAUGUAAUAGGCGAACAGUUAAAUGAAGAUGAAAUCGGAAAUAUGGAGUUGGAUAAUCCUCAUGAUCCGAUCAACAAUGAAGAAAGAAAUUUCGAAGACUUCGAAGAUGGUCUCGUUGAAAUGAAAAAACGAAAUGCUCGGUUCUUGCUUCAAACAAAAGAAUGCAAUCGCCUUACCCAAAAGGCUUCUGAAGACAUAGCAGAGAAUGUGAUGAGUCUUAUACAAGACACAGUUGAAUUGGUUAAGAUGGGAGUCCAAGACAAGCUGGACAGUGUCGGAUUAAAUUUUGAUGAUGUUCCAGGAUUGAGCGGGUUAUUUGAGACUGAAAAUCCGCUUUCAAAUCCCUUCACACAUGUGAAUACACAGAACAAACAGUGUAACUACUACAAAGAAAAUUUGGGCCUUGUGGUAAGAGUCUUAGUGAAUUUUAAAAUUAUCUGUAAAAAUAUUAUGCUACUUUAUAUUUUUACUUAGAUGCCCAGGGGGAGAGGGAGUAUAUCUAUGGAUGUCUGAAGAAAGGAGGGGGGCAUUUCCUCCAUAGAGGGUACAGAUCUAACUUUUCUGGAACGACCCUGUGUGAUAUUGAUAAGAUGUUGGCAUUGAUGAUUUUAUAUAGGAACCAAGACGUAUCACACUUGGUCAUACAACCGUUCGAAGGUGCAGGGGUAUAAAGCAAAGACAAGUGUUGAAGAAUGAUGAAAUGAUGUAUGUCCCAAUACUUGAAUCCCUACAACUAAUGCUCAAUAAUGAAUCUAUUUUGCAUGCGGUAAGUUUAAGUAAUGGCUAAUUUUGGCUUGUGUCAUUUCAAAUGUAGAAUUACAUGUACCUUAAUAAUUUAUAUAUGGUACCCAUAUUAAAGAUAGGACAGAAUAUAUGGUAAAAAUAGUAGCUUAUUAUAUACCACAACUAAGCAAUUCCUUUAUCAUUCUCUUUCAUUUUAUUCAAAUAGGUCAAUAACCCUCAUCAGCGAAAUGAUGGUAAAUUUGAAGACUUCUGUGAUUGCCAGGCUUUUAAAACUCACCCUUUGUUCUCCACUGUCCCGAAUGCAUUGCAGUUGAUGCUUUAUUAUGACGAAGUUGAAAUAACAAACCCUCUUGGGACAAAAACAGGGAAACAUAAGUUGG